AUGCCUCGCAAAAUUUUACAUCGUAUAUCCCGUAUAUUUAAUCAUAAAGAUAAUGAAACAAACCCAAUAGUAAAAGAACCAUGUAUAGUUCCAACAACCACAAUACAUAAUAACAGCUCAUUGCCUAUACUUCUUCAAAGAGCACCCUCGUCAAAAUUACUGAUCGAUGACUAUUUGGACGUUUCUACUAUAGAAUAUAGUAGCAGCUAUAAUAAUCUGCAUCAACAAAGCCUCAAAGAAAAUCGACAGUCCUGGCUCACAAGUAUAACUAGACUGAAGACUCUUAAGAGAAGCAGCCACCGAAAGCGUAAAAGUACUGAAUGUUGGUUUGUUACUCAGGGGGAAAUUGAAAUCCCGGAUCAGCAGCAACAAGGGGUUCGACUGGAAGAAGAAUUACUAGGCUCGUCGCCAUUAUCAGUUACAAGCUCGCUUUGUUCAGCGAAUAAUAGACAUCAUCUUUCAUCAUCUUCGUCAUCUUGGUUACCGAUAGAAAGCGAUAGUGCCUCUACUGCACGUACAUCUAUUGAUUCACAAACGGUGAAAAGCUUAGUCGUCACUCAACCACAGCUAAAACAGGCAUCUUGCAUUAGUCUGGCUGAAAAUGUAAAACAUAUUUUAGGCGAUGCUAUAUUUAUAGCUGACCAAGAAUUAGAUAUUUAA